AUGAAUAGAAUCGAUGUAUUAUCAAAUCAUUUAUGUAGUAGUACAAUAACAACAACAACAACAACAACAGUAGUAAAAUACAAUGAUAAUAAAGAUCCAUUACUUGUAUCUGAAUUAGAAUCAAAUCAUAUAUUAUAUAGAAUCUAUGAUAAUGGUUGUUUAAAGAUUAUAUUAAAUCGUGAAAAAGCUUUAAAUAGUUUAACUUUGGAGAUGAUAAAUCAUUUAUUAAAUUUAUUAAAGAAAUAUGAAAAUGAUAAGAGGGUAACAUUUGUAUUGGUAGUGGGAGCAGGAGAUAGAGCUUAUUGUUCGGGUGGUGAUUUAUUGGAAUUCUCAUCGAGUGUAGAAAUGUCACAUAGACUGUCAAACACCGAGUACAAGUUGGACUAUCUAAUACAUACCUAUUCGAAACCAUACGUAUCGAUUGUCAAUGGCAUUGUGAUGGGUGGGGGUGUUGGUAUUUCAAUACAUGGGUCUCAUUGUAUCGUUACAGAACGUGCAUUAUGGGCAAUGCCAGAAUGUUUUAUUGGGUACUUUCCAGAUGUUGGUACAAAUUAUCAAAUGUCAAGAUUGGGUGCUAUUGGUUUGUACUUGGAUUUAACAGGUACACGUAUAAAAUAUCGUGAUUUGGUUGGAUUGGGAAUAGCCUCACAUCAUGUUCCAUCAGACAUGUUGGAUCGAUUGGUUAGAGAUCUAACUGAAAACACGGUCGACACAACUCGUCAGCUAGACUUUAUUAUCAAUCUCUAUCGUAAACAAGUUGGUUAUAGAUUACAUAAUAUCGAGCCCUCCACAAUGGUAGAGUGGCUAGUUCAGAAUCAAUGUCUUGAAAGAUGUUUUGGUAAUCAUAUCAAAUCGGUUCAAGAAGUAUUAGACAACUUGGAAAAUGAGAUCAAAAACAACAACGGCGAUGAAAAAGUUAGAAAAUGGGCAGAACAAACAUUGACUAAAAUAACUGGAUCAAGACCUCUAAGUAUUUGUGCAUGUUUUAAAGCUUUUAGAGAUUCAUUAAAUCUUUCAAUUGAUGAUGUAUUAAAAAUGGACAAUCGUGUGGGAACUCAUCUCACCCAAAUUGAAGAGGAUGGUAGAGAAGGUAUAAAAGCUGCACUCUUUGACAAAACAUACAAACCUCAAUGGAUUCCUCCAACCAUUCAACAAGUCGAUCCAAAUAUAGUCGAUUCAUUAUUUAAACCUUUACCAAGUCAUCAAGAAUUGGAUUUAAAUUAA